CUCCCGCCUCGAAAAUAUACAAAAUGGCCACCGCAGAGAAGACAAAAGAACAGCAGAAACAACCAACCCUCCAGCAAGACGACGACUCGGUUGACUACUCAGACGACUACUCCGAUGAAGACUACGAAACCGACGACUACGAGGUCUCCGGCGAUGAAGCAGAAGCAGAGGAUCCCAAGGCUCAGGCAAAACGUCGUCAGCGCCAACAACAACAACAACGAAGCAGACAACCAGACGCCGUAGAAGAAGCAGAUGACGAGGACUACUCCGACGAAGAUGACUUUUACUCUGAUGAAUACGACGACGAGGACGAAGACUACGAUAACCAAGUCGCCUCCGGCAGGGCCAUGCAGCCAUACCAACCCCCGGCGGCAACCAAUCCCUCUCCCAGAACGGGCAUGAAGCUCAAGUUGGAGCUGAAUCUCGAGAUCGAGGUCGAGCUCAAAGCUCAUAUCCACGGUGAUCUGACGCUGGCUUUGAUGUAUGUUCCCCUCUUGCCCCCUGAUAUCCCAUUCAUUCGCUCAAUUCGAACAGGAGUUGACGCUCGAUGCAGUGCAUAAUUGUUGUUGCCUGGCAGCCAUACUGCUCUGUCAUCCUCACGAGCCAUGAUGAUCCGUCACGAUUGAAUAGCUUUACUUUGUCAUGUUGUGUCAAUAGAGUCUGGUU